AACAUACACAUGUGAGAGCUGCAUGUGAGAAACCCGAACUUCCUUCAGAUAGACUUUACUGUCGACGUGAAGAAAGACCUCAGGCGUGGAAUAUGAAUGCACCGGAACACUAUCCUCCGCCGGACUUCGGCUGUCCCCCUCCAAACUCGAUCCAGCCCUUCCAGCACCAACAGCAGCCCCGCUCCAGCAGCUUCCACCCCAACAUGUGGAGCUGGAGCGAGACGCCAUCGGAGCCCAGCUGGGACCACAGCGGCCAGUCUGGAUGGCAUCACGGGGCAGGCUUUGGUUUCCCAUCAAGCCGUGGAAACUAUGGACCUAAACGUCCAUACGGUCAAAACUUCAGUCGUGAGUGGCAUCAAGCUGGACAUCGAGGUGGAAGACAGAAUUAUGGACCCCACAACAAUCACGGGAAAAAAAAAAAUAAGAAGGAACCAGAGUAUUCCCAUUUUUGUGACACCUGUGACCGGGGCUUCAAAAACCAGGAGAAGUACGACGAACAUAUUUCUCAACACAUCAAGUGCUCUGUGCCAGACUGCAGCUUCAUGGCUCAUGAAAAAAUAGUCAGCAUCCACUGGAAAAAUAACCAUGCACCGGGAGCUAAAAGAAUCAAGCUGGACACCCCAGAGGAGAUUGCAAAAUGGAGGGAGGAGAGGCGCAAAAACUAUCCAACACUUCAGAAUAUUCAGAAGAAGAGAAAAGUGAUGGAGGUUCGGGAGGAGACAGGAGCCGUUCUGGAGACAGCUCAGUUUGGCCGAAUGAGAGGCAGGGGCAGAGGACGGGGUCGGGGUCGAGGUCAUGGCUGGGGUAACAGAGGGUUCCAUGGGCGACACCCGCGAGGCCCUCACCCAUCAGACAACAGCGGUGCAGAGCGACUCCCACCCCUCGCCCAGCGCUCCAGUGACGGCGAUCCACUGGGAGCACUGGCCAGCAGUGACCACGACUCUGACAGAGAGGACCCAGCUGCUGAGUCCAGGACCGGUGGCCUGGUUGUGGCUCCGAAACAGAUGAGCUCGGCCCUGGGCUCCCUCGUGGCCAACUACGGCUCCAUGAGUGAGAGUGAAAGUGAUGAGGAACCAGAGGCCACCCCUAUUCAGAAAGCCAAAGAGCUUGUGCAAGUCAACCAGGCUCUCCUAAACACAAUACCACCAAACUCCCAGGACAGAGGACCCUCUCGAGGCCUGAAAACCUCCUCACAGGGUACGGAUGCUCACAAAGUCCCCCAGCCUGACUCUGGUUUUCACACACCUCACAACAGAAGAGGAAGAGGGAGAAGAGGAGGCAGGGGAGGAAGGGGCGGUAGAGGAGGACACCAAGACACACCGCAGACCCGUCGUGCCACUCUGCUUGAGAUGUUACUGGCCCCAGAUAUCCGCCAUGAGAGGAAUGUCCUUCUGCAGUGUGUGCGCUAUGUUGUCCGAAACAACUUCUUUGGCCUGGAGAGCAGACCUCAGAAUCUGGAGGGGAUAAAGGAUAAACCCACACCAGCUAUCCUGACUGGAGAGCAGGAAGGGAGGCAGGAAAAGCAAUCAGAGGAAGCCAGGGAACUGUCUCGCUCUGCCUCUCUGGUUGGUGGAAAGACAAGUUCAGCAGACACUGGUGAUGAGGAGGAUUUAAAAAUAAGUAAGGCUGUUGUAGUUGACCAAAACUUUAAGGACCAGGGUUUUCACAGCGAUCAAGUAAGCUCAGAGCCAUCCAAAAAUCCUGUGGACUCAGCAGCAAGGGCUGAGCAGUUUGCAGGGGAUCUCCCCCAAUAUGCCGAAGAGUCAGCUGCCAAACACUGCCAGAGCCUGCAUUCGACGUCCACAGAUAAAAUCACAUGUACCUCUUAUAUUUAUGAUGAUGAAAUAUGGGAGAGCCCUGGGGCUGUAAUGUAAAAUCCUCAGAAAUUAAUAAAAUGGAUAAAUGUUUUUCUGUUCUAAAACAAAGAAGUGAGGCAUUUGUCUUUCAUGCAUUGAUGUUACUAUUUUCAUGUUUUUGUUACGUUUUAGGGACUAAUUUUUUUAUGUGAUGAGAUGUUAGUGUGGCUAACAGCAUCACGUUAUAUUUUUGGAACAUGCAUGAAUAAAGAUCAUCUUUUUUUCAGCCCGAUUGAUAAUUUUUACAUUUGUGCAAAUGUUUUUUAUUUUAACCUUGAAUUAUGGAUAUGUUAUUUUCAGUGUUGGAAAUCUAUAUUAAUUAUGUGUAAUUCCAGGUCUU